AAUGAUUCUGCACCGUAGUAUUUUAUUUUUGCCGGAAUUUCUCUUCAACAUUUAACGGCAGUUUUUGUUUGGGGCAAAACAGUUGUUAUAGUUAUUUAUUCAUAUAUUUGACCACAAAAUUUUAUUUCCGUGGCUAUUUCAUUCUUCAUUAUUCUAAACUUUUUUUCUGUGUCAAUGGGUAAGGAUCUUAGAUGACAUCAUGGUGAUGUUGGGUUCAUUUGCAUGUGCUUGAUUUUAAAGAUUUUUCGCGCUCUGUUUUGGCUGUUGUAUUGCUACAAGAAUGUUUUUUAUUUUUUAUUUUAAAUUUGGAUUAGUGAUUUCAAGAACUCUGCCUCUUACUUUUGAUUUUUUGUGUGGUACUAUAAUCGACUUGUUAACAGAAAUGGUAAUAUGACCUAUUUUGGAAUGCAUGGCCCUAAUUGGUAUAGGUUCAUAAAUCUUCCGGCUUAUGACAAAUAUUUCGUUUAGUACAAUGCAUAUCACGGGUAAUCCAAAAAUGUUAAGUAAAUUGUAAAAUUGGACCAUGAUUCGAUUGUUGACGAUUACACGUGCGAGAAUGGGAACACGUGGCUUUGGAGGAGGCACCUUUUUAUUUGCGGUCUUUCCCCUUUCCUUGUUGUCUACUUAUCACAAAUCUAGGUUAAAAACUAUUUCAAACAAGGUGGGCGGAGGAAUAGACCUUUCACAGUAUAUCGAGUGAGUCCACCGAUGGCAGAGGAAAGUCUAGCAAUUCCAACUGGAUGGAAUGUUAAGUCAGAAGUUCAAAAGAAUGGUUCCAUAAAAAGGUCUUAUUAUUGUCCUGACACUGGGCAGCAUUUCUACACAUAUCCUAGUCUCAUUCGCUAUGUGAAUUAUGCUAAGAGAAAUCAGGUUGGCGCCUACAAACUGUGUGGUAAGUCAAUUAGAAAAAGGGAAGCCGAAGCGCUGAAAAAAAACACUUCCAUUGGUCGUAGGAAGACAUCAGCUGCCCUGUCAAUUCGUGGGAGACCACCACGUCCAUCAAACUCAGAUUCAUUAGCUGCUGCCAAGAAUGAUGGUUCUAAACCAUCCAGCUCAGGUGAAAGUAUUGAUAAGGAGAAAGAUGAGGAUUAUACGCCCGAGUAAGAUGGCGGUGUCUCUAUUCACUUUGCAAUUGAUGGAGCGAGUAAAGUCCCAAAAUAAGGAAAAAAAGAAAUAGCGACUAAUUAAUCGGCGAUUUGCUGUUAACUGUUUGUCGUUAUUAUUCUGUUUACUUGUGAUAAACCAUCCUUUUGCCAGCAGCUUUAUUUCAUAUACUCUUAUUUUACUGUUUCUGUUUUCGAAUUUUAAAAAGGUCUGAAUAAAUUGUAAGGCUGCUUUUGAAUAAAUUUUAUUGCAUACAA